ACUUAUUCACUCUCUCUCUCAUAUCUCAUACAUAUGAUUUGUGGAUAAAAACAAGUCAGAAUAUAUAUAAAUAAUACCAUUCAGCCAUGCUAGCUAGCUCAGCUUGAAGGGUCUUAUAUGCAUAUUUCUGGUUUAUCUUAUCUUCUACUCUCUUUCAGCUCAGGUUUCUGUUCAUUAUUACUCCAUCUUCGUUCUGAUCUAGUACGUUGUAGCUAGCCAUGGCGGGCGGGCAAGGUCUGAACAAGCCAUGCAUUCUCCUCAUAGUGAUAGCGGGGAUGGAGAGGUUCACGUUCAAAGGCGUGGCGGCGAAUUUGGUGACGUAUCUCACGGAUGUGGCGAAGAUGAGCAACUCGUCGGCGGCGAAGCUGGUCAACAAUUGGUGUGGCUUCACCUCUAUGGUGCCGCUGCUGGUGGCGCCGUUGGCCGACUCUUACUUGGAUAGCUAUUCAACUAUUUUAGGCUCUGCAUUUUUCUAUAUUCUGGGGCUGAUAGCGUUGACAUCAACGGCGAUGGGGUGGCCGCCGGGGAGUAAUAAUGCCCAGAAAAUUAGCUCUUCUUCCCUCUCAUGGCCGCUCCACUUAAUUUCACUGGGCCUGGGUGGCUACAACCCAUCCUUGCAGGCCUUCGCGGCGGAUCAGCUUGGAGAUGAAGACGACGGCGAGCUGCCGUCAACCAAGAACGGCGACAAGAGCUCCGUCAAGAAGAGUUUGUUCUUCCAGUGGUGGUAUUUCGGCAUUUGCUGCGGCAGUCUUCUGGGAGUCUCAGUCUUGUCGUAUAUCCAGGACACAAUAGGAUGGGGCGUUGGCUUCGCCAUUCCCACCAUCGCCAUGAUAGCUUCCAUUCUCGUUUUCUUGUCUGCCAACCGCCUCUACCAACACAACAAUUCCAAAGAAAUAUCUCUCGACAAAAUGAUCCAUGCCAUCAAAGACGCGGCGUCAAGAUUGAAAAACCGCGGCGAAAUGUCGCUGCCCAGCAGCAAACCAGACACUGUUCAUGAGCUUGAGCUUCAAGAAAAGCCACUGUUCAGUGAAGAUUCAGAUGAAGAUGACAGUAAGAGUGGGGAGAAGAAGGUGCAGGACAGUGGCGGCGGCAUCAAUGUCGUGAAGAUUGCGCGAGUAGUGAUCCGUUUAUUACCUGUCUGGACGUUGCUUUUAACGUUUGCAGUUAUCUUCCAGCAACCAGCGACAUUCUUCACCAAACAAGGCAUGACGAUGAAGAGAAACAUCGGACCCAAUUUCAAGAUCCCACCCGCCGCGCUUCAGAGCGCGAUCACAGUGUCCAUAAUUCUUCUCAUGCCUCUGUACGACAAGUACUUCAUCCCCCUCGUUCGCGUCUUCACCCUCAACGACAAAGGCGUCACCGUGCGGCAAAGAAUGGGGAUCGGAAUGUUUCUGUCGGUGAUAGCCAUGGUGAUUGCCGCCUUCACGGACACAAAGAGGCUCGAAAUCAGCAGAAAUCCCGAGAAUCUAAGCUCAGAAACAGUGCCGAUGAGCAUAUUCUGGCUGCUUCCGCAGUACAUCCUCCUCGGAAUCUCCGACAUCUUCACCGUGGUCGGGAUGCAAGAGUUUUUCUACUCCGAAGUCCCGGCGAACAUGAGAACCUUAGGGAUAGCUCUGUACACUAGCGUCUUCGGUUUCGGAAGCUUCUUCAGCUCCCUGCUUAUCUCCAUUGUAGAACAUUUCACAAGCUCCUCUGCAAAUCAGCAUGGGUGGUUCUCUGAUGAUAUGAAGGAAGCCCGUUUAGAUAAUUAUUAUUGGUUUCUCGCCGUGUUAAGUGCUGUCAGCUUGAUCUUAUUCGUAAUCUUCUGUAAGUUUAAUGGUUCUUGAAAGUUAAUUUCAAUCUGGAUUUUAUUAUG